UCCUCCUCUAUUUUCUAAUCAAGUUGUCUUCUUCCUCGCUCACUUCAUUUUGGAGACCAAACUGCCAAACAUUACUACACUCCGUCAAUCAGGAGAAACCUGCUUUCCUUCGAACCGUGAGGACUGUUUCGCGAAUACGCCUUCUUUUAAACAGUCACCGAAAAUAUUAUGUUAAUCAAUCUAACCGAAACUUUGGGAACGCGGGUAAAGGAAAAUAGCUUGGUUGCUAACUUCACUCCGACAGACGGGAAUCCAAGGGAAAUUUAGAAACAUGCUAGCGAGUUGAGUGGUCUCGAUCUUUUUACAUGCAUGCAGCCAAGACGCAAAACUUUUCCUGUUGAUUUUUACCUUAGGCAUCUCACUGAGCUAGGACUAGAAGAAUACACGGGUAUGGAUUUUAAUGGGUGAUUCUGCGGUCAGUUCCGUUUUUCCACGGUGUGGUUUGUUUUGUAUCUACCUCUGAACCUCGCAGGGAACAAGACCGAGGCUGCGCUGUUCAGCACUUCCACCAAACCGCCGCGAAGACGUGCGACGCUUCCCUUGCCAAUGUGUCGCUAAUAUUGUUCGUGCUACUUGUGUUUUCCGUGCUUUUGGUGGAUUAAUUGAAGCUUCGCCCGGUUUUAGACAUGGAUACGUGGGAAAUUUGCCCUGUGUCUUUCGAAGUGAGGAUUUGAAAUCGUUGGAGCAGCGAAAAAGAAAAGUUUUGGAGUUCGACCAAAGCGGGCUGAAGGACUGUUUUCUUCGUUGCACUGUAAACACACCGUGGAAUUGUCUACAUCUAAGAUUAACAGGGUGAGAUUAGGAUUAUUCAUUCCUUUGCAAAAUGCCACAACUUAAUGGAGGCGGCGGAGACGACCUGGGAGCGAACGACGAACUGAUCUCCUUCAAAGACGAAGGGGAGCAGGAGGAAAAAAUAUCCGAAAAUGUGUCGGCCGAGAGGGACCUGGACGACGUGAAAUCCUCUCUGGUAAACGAGUCCGAAAACAACAGCAGUUCGUCUGAUUCUGAGCAAACGGAGAGACGUCCUCAACCAAGACCAGACCCAGAAAGUUACGAGAAGCACAGAGAGUACUUUGCUGAAGCAUUAAGAAGACAGCAAGAUGGAGGCUUUUUUAAGAGUCCCCCCUAUCCUGGUUAUCCGUUUCUAAUGAUCCCGGAUCUUACAAACCCCUAUUUAUCCAACGGAUCCCUGUCUCCCAGCGCGAGGACGUACCUGCAGAUGAAGUGGCCUCUCCUGGAUGUCCCGGGACCCGCCAGCCUCAAAGACUCCAGAUCGCCCACCCCAGGACACUUGCACCCCCACCAUGUGCACCCGCUGACACCGCUCAUCACCUACAGCAACGAACACUUCUCCCCCACGACCCCGCCCUCUCACCUCUCCCCAGAGAUCCUGGACCCAAAGACAGGCAUCCCACGGACGCCCCACCCCUCCGAACUCUCACCCUACUACCCGCUCUCUCCCGGAGCAGUGGGGCAGAUCCCGCACCCUCUGGGCUGGCUGGUCCCUCAACAGGGCCAGCCCAUGUACUCCAUCCCGGCAGGGGGGUUCAGACACCCCUACCCUGCGCUUGCGAUGAACCCGUCCAUGUCCAGCCUGGUGUCGAGUCGUUUCUCCCCCCACAUGGUGCCGCACCCCCCCCACGGCCUGCACCAGACAGGCAUCCCCCACCCCGCCAUUGUGUCCCCCGCCAUCAAGCAGGAGCCCGACAGUGAGAGCAGCAGACACGCCGCGCACCCGAAGUCCCCGGUGGCGCUGAAGAAGGAGGAAGAGAAGAAGCCUCACAUUAAGAAGCCCCUGAAUGCCUUCAUGCUCUACAUGAAGGAGAUGAGGGCCAAGGUGGUGGCCGAGUGCACCCUGAAGGAGAGCGCCGCCAUCAACCAGAUACUGGGGAGGAAGUGGCACUCUCUGUCGCGAGAGGAGCAGGCCAAGUACUACGAGCUGGCCAGGAAGGAGAGACAGCUGCACUCUCAGCUGUACCCGGGCUGGUCAGCCAGAGAUAACUACGGGAAGAGGAAGAAGAGAAAGAGGGAAAUUAAGCAGCCGGAUUUAACACCAGAAGAGAGCUUAAUGGUGCAGAGUAAGAAGCCAUGCCUGCCGUACCUGCCCACAGAAAAAACCUGUGACAGCCCCGCCUCAUCCCACGGCAGCAUGCUGGACUCGCCGGCCACGCCCUCUGCAGCGCUGGCGUCCCCCGCCGCGCCCGCCCCCACCCACUCGGAGCAGGCCCAACCCCUGUCCCUCACCACCAGGCCCGAGGGCCGGGCUUACCCACACUUCCCUCUGCCCAGCAAGGCUGCUGGCUCUGCCUCCUCCUCCACCUCCGGCCCCGCCCACCCCAGCAUCUCUCUGCACAUUGGCUCCUCCAGCAGCCAGACCACGCCCCUCCUCUCUCGGCCUAUCCCCUUCUCCUCCCUGCCCCCCUCCAUGCUGUCGCCUCCGCCCUCCCUCCACCAGGUGGCGCUGCAGUCGCGUCAGGCCCUUCUGCAGUCCCAGCCCCUCUCCCUGGUCACCAAAUCAGCCGACUAAACCACAGGGAGCCGGGCCUUUCUCUCUUUUUUAAUGCUGUGUAUUGCUUUGUACCUUUUUUAUAGAUAUUAGACCAUGUUUUUAUGAAAAAAAUUGUAAAAAAAGGAAAAAAAAAAAUAAUAUUGGUCAAUAUUUGACCACCACCUCUUUUUUUGCUUCUCUCUACAAAACAAAAUGUAUUUUUUGUAAAGUUUAUUACAGAACUUGUUCUUUUUCUCAGAAGCCGUUCACUAAUUUGCUACUUGUAUAAAAGACAAAUGUACAAAAGGUUCUCUUUUUUAAAAAAAAAAAAAUACAUUCAUUUAGCAGACGCUCUUAUCCAGAAUGACUU